AUGCAAGGAUUGCCGCAUGACGUGGAUGGGCAUUUUGGCAUCCGUGUUGCCGCCAGGAGCAGCAAAUUGCGUGCCAGACAAGAGGCUAACGGAAGAGCACAUGUGGCGGGAUCAGGGGCUCAAGUGCCCUUGCGCACCCGGACCAUUUUAGCGCCACGGCUACAGCUGCGCACCUACCAUGACCACACAGCGAUGCGUGAUGCGCUGGAGGAGUUGAAAAAGGCGUGCGGUCACUUUCCUCUUGACGAUGCGGAGGAAAUGGAAAAGAUGAAUCCCACGAAUAGCAGUGCGGGCCUUACACCUUCGCAGCUCAAUCAAAUGCCUGGUCACUUGAUUGUUUAUUGCUUCACGUAUUGUGACUUGGAGUCUCUUUGCGAGUUGGGGCGCGUCAGUCUCCGCUUUGCCGCCCUGUCCAACGCCAACCUUUUGUGGGAAACUCACGCCCGCCUGCGGAAUGUAACAACGAGUGCGCCGGAAUCUGCCCGAGAAGAUCUCCGGCGUGCUGUGCUUGAGCAGCACGAAAGGUGGCAGGCGGAAGUACAGCGGCAUGAACGCGAGUACGAGGCGUUGGAACGUCGCUUGCGUGAGCGCGCCGCCGCUGAGCUCGCGGCCCCUGUCGACGUAAACGCUACCCUCGCGAACAAUCGGCCCGGGAUAUUUUUUGGUGGUAACAGCAACGGUAGAGAUGCCGGCAACGCUGCUGAUCAAGAAGCAUUUUCCGCGCAGUUAGAGCAACUUGAGACAGUGAAACUAGACCUUCUUCGUGGCAUCCGCGAAAUGAAAUCGGAGCUGGCUCAGCAGCAGAGGCAGAUUGAAGAGCUGCAAAUGUGGGUAGCCAAGACAGAGGAGGCAACUUGUGAAGCGGGGAAUACAACCGCCGCAUGUGAAGUGGAGGGAAUUACCUUUUUGGCUCUUCAGGCCUUUGAGCGCCGUAUCUGCCGAAUCGUGCUGAGUGCUGUCAAUGAUCUUCCAACUGUGCUGCGCAGAGGCGUCGACGAUUUUGCUACCAUGGAACUGCUUUGUCUAUUUGGUGCUGGCGAUGUUGGCGGACGUGUGCGGCAGCGUUGGGCUGCCUUCAAACGUUUCUUUCCCCCGAUGUCGGAAGACUACGGAACCGUCAGGUAUUUACUGAUGACUGGAGAGCCGCCGUCUUCAGACCGAGCGCGCGAAUGCAUUGCUUCUCUCGGUGGUGUGAUUCGCCGUGUGCAGCGGAUGACAGAUAAUGAAAUUGUGCAAAUCAUCAUGUAA